CUACACCAAUUCCUCAAGUUUCUUCUUCUCUCACCCAUGGCUUCCACUCUCCACUUAGAUUUCUUCAGAUUUCUUUAGGUAAGAUUAUCGUAUCUUUCUCUCAUGUCUUUAUGAUCUAUUGCACACUCUCUCUCUCUCUCUUUCACUCUAUUUCAAUUACAAUCUCAUGUGUCUAAGGUCUAAGCUAAUGCAAAAUACCUCAAUCUAUAAAAUUUAGCCAAAAUUUAGACUCAUGCCAAUUCUCUUCCUCUUAUUCUUCUUCCAUCGAUAUCUCCUUUGAGAGGCUCCUCGACUCCAAGACCUCAUAUUCAGAUCAGACUUAGCUCAUCGAUCGCGUCUUUUGGUCUUUUGGGAGUGUACUACUAUAGUGGUUCUAUUUGGUUUUCUUCUCUAAAAAAGUAAUUCCCUCAUUCCUCAUUUUGCUAUGGAUUCUAGUGUGAUGGGAUUUCAAGGGAGUGAAGAUAGUAAAGUGUUGGUACUCAGUGAUUCCAAUACACAAGCAUUCAAAGAGGAAGCUUCACAUUUCUUUCCAGAUAAAAAAAAGUUAAGGAAAAUGAGUUUGGUAGUUUCAUGGAUGCAUCAAACUGUGUCAAACAGUUUUAAAAUAGUAGCACACUUUCCAAUUUCACAGCCAAGCCCUCACGUCAUCGCCACCUUCUUCUUAUCUGCCCAAUUCCUAUUUAUUUAUUACAAAAACACCCUUACUGUCACAGACCCCGCAAUCCGAAAUCCGAAUCGAUCAACAAUGGAGCCGGUAGCUGAUGCCAAUCGACGAAUUUCCAGAAUCUCUUCUCAUCUUCUCCCUCCCAAUAUCCAGAUGGAGGAGGGUUGUGGUUUACGUGCGGAGAAUUGCCGUGCGAAAGGCGCCGCGCCGGGAUUCAAGGUUGCGGUUUUGGGAGCCGCUGGGGGCAUAGGGCAACCUCUGGCCAUGUUGAUGAAGAUGAACCCUUUGGUUUCGGUACUUCAUCUAUACGACGUCGUUAAUAGCUCAGGCGUCACUGCUGACAUCAGUCAUAUGGAUACUGGUGCUGUGGUGAGGGGAUUCUUAGGUCAGUCCCAGUUAGAAGAUGCCUUGACAGGAAUGGACCUUGUAAUCAUUCCUGCUGGUGUUCCCCGCAAACCUGGAAUGACUAGGGAUGAUUUGUUCAAAAUCAAUGCCGGCAUUGUGAAGACUCUUUGUGAAGGAAUUGCAAAAUGUUGUCCAAAUGCUAUUGUUAACCUGAUCAGCAAUCCUGUUAACUCGACGGUUCCCAUUGCCGCUGAAGUUUUCAAGAAAGCUGGUACUUUUGAUCCAAAGCGCCUUUUGGGAGUUACAAUGCUUGAUGUUGUUAGAGCAAAUACUUUUGUGGCAGAAGUUUUGGGUCUUGAUCCUAGGGAUGUUGAUGUUCCGGUAGUUGGAGGUCAUGCAGGGGUUACAAUCUUACCUCUUCUGUCUCAGGUUAAACCUCCAUGCUCUUUUAAUGCUAAAGAAAUUGAUUACCUUACAAACCGCAUCCAAAAUGGCGGAACUGAGGUUGUCGAGGCAAAAGCUGGAGCCGGAUCUGCAACAUUAUCUAUGGCUUAUGCUGCUGUCAAGUUUGCCGAUGCAUGCCUUCGUGGUUUGCGAGGAGAUGCUGGCAUUAUCCAGUGUGCUUUUGUGGCUUCUCAGGUGACUGAACUUCCUUUCUUUGCAUCGAAAGUAAGGCUUGGCCGCAGUGGAGUGGAGGAAGUACACCCUCUUGGUCCCUUGAAUGAGUACGAAAGGGAUGGCUUGGAGAAGGCAAAGAAAGAGUUAGCAGCAAGUAUUCACAAGGGAGUUUCCUUCAUCAGGAAAUGAGUGAAUGGAAAACAUAAAAAUUUCAUGUCUGGGGAUAUUCUGGCUUGUGUUUUCUAUUUACAGUGAUGGAAUAUAAGUGGUAAGGUCUUUCUUGUAUCAACCAAAAUAGAGAUAUUUAAGCAAAUGGUAGGGAGAAAAGAAAAAGAAUGAGAAGUGUAGUUUGUCCAAAUGUUGAUGUACCAACAAAUAUUAGACCAUGUGUAUUACUUAAUUGAUUUCAAAUAAUAAAUAGAUAGGUGAUUGAGAAA